AUGAUCCAUGAUGCUGUGAUUCAUGCCAUUUACAAGCAAGACACACGUACUAGAAAUGAUGUACUGCGAUGGCUGUUACAAAGGGGAUAUGAAUCGAAUAUCCAGCACAUUAUAUCGCGCAACAGCCUAGACUUGAACAUCCCAAUAAAGCCCCGGUAUACCCUGACCAACACACCUUUGCUCCUUGCUAUCGGUUUCGGUCGUACGAACAUUGUGGAGCUUCUUCUGCGCAAUGGGGCCCAAGUCAACAUCGGAACAGAUAUCUCCGCCUUGGGAUAUGCUGCGGCUCUAGGAGACUACAACAUGAGCAGACUUCUCCUCCAGCAUGGCGCCCAGGUAGAAAUUGCGGACACGAUGAGGGGUAUUUCUCCUCUACAAUGUGCUCUGGCACGUGGGUACCCAAAUUAUAACAAAUCUGGGCGGCAAUCCUGGCAGCAAUCCUGGGAAUACAAGGAAGAUGAUGAGGCUAUUGCUGUGGUCAAGUUACUACUAGCUCACGGGGCAAAUCCAAAUUUCCAAUUCAGUUUCAACUUAUCGACUGGCCUACACAAUAUUCCUAGAGGCCAAUGGAAAUCGACGAAGGAGUUGUUCAGUCUAUGCCUCGAUUCUGGCGCUGAUUUAGACGCACAAGAUUUGGACGGAGACACUCCACUUCACGUUGCCUUAGGCUGUUACGCAUUCUAUGGAGAUUUGGAAGCCCAAACAGAGUUCGUAAGAUUGCUCUUGGCGUCUGGUGCUGAUCCAAACACACAAGAUUCGCAAGGAAACACUCCCCUUCACAUUGCUCUAGGCCAUCAAGCAGACCCUAGGAUUGAGAAAGUCCCAAAAGUCCCAAAGGAGUCCGUACGAUUGCUCCUGGCGUCUGGCGCCGAUGUUAAUCUACGAAACCAUAAGGGAGUGAGACCACUAGGUGCCAAAUUUGAGAAUCCGGACAUCUUUAAACUUGUUUUCAAACCAGGAGCGAGUACUCGUUGCCGUGGUAAACCCGGAAACAAAAUUAUUUGGAAGCUUUUGAGAACCCGAAAUCAAAUGAAAGCUGUGAAGCAAUAUGUGAUCAAUGAGGCCUUGAUAGCGCUACUCUUGGAGCAAGGGGCUUAUGAAGACCAAACUAUUGACGGAGAAUGUCCACGAAAUUUGUCAGUGGCGUCAGUGGCGAAGAAGUACCCCCUGCUGAAAGAUUUAAUGAGCAAGAAGAAACCUGUCGCCCGCAAGUGGGAAUUGCCACCGAGCAGUUGUUUACGGGUAUCAAAGUCCAAAUUGAAACGACGAGUUAAAGAUUAA